CCUGAUCACCUGUCUGGCCCGUGCAUGCCAUCCUGAUCGAGCGUCACAAACUCACAAACGCGCAAAGGCGGAGGAAGUGAUAAUGGCGUCGUCGUGCCACCACGUGGAUGUCCCCGGCAAGCCGACGGAGACGGGCACGGCGCUGCUGGAGACGGCGACGGGCACGAUCCAGGGGUUCGCGCCGCUGAGCCAGAUCCACCAGCACCUGUGCGCGUUCCACUUCUACGCGGACGACAUGGGGCGGCAGGUGGAGGCGCACCACUUCUGCGCGCACCUCAACGAGGACGUGCGGCAGUGCCUCAUCUUCGACGGGCCCGGCGCCGGCGCGCGGCUCAUCGGCGUGGAGUACAUCGUCUCCGAGGCGGUGUUCCUGACGCUGCCCGACGGCGAGAAGCCGCUGUGGCACACGCACGAGUUCGAGGUGAAGGGCGGGUUUCUGUUCAUGCCGGGGGUGCCCGGCGUGGUGGAGCGCCGGGACCUGGAGAAGGUGUGCAAGACCUACGGCAAGACCAUCCACUUCUGGCAGGUGGACCGCGGCGACGCGCUCCCGCUCGGCAUCCCGCAGAUCAUGAUGGCGCUCACCCGCGAGGGGCAGCUCCAGCAGGACCUCGCUGAUUGUGUGGAGAAGAAGUUCGGUGUGUCCUUCCAGAAGGAGAGGGAGAACCGGGCGUACAUGAGCGGGCCGGAGCACGGCAUCCACCCCCUGGCGAACGCCGCCGGCAAGGGCCUCAGGACCGAGAUCCGUGAAGUCGAUAUUCCGGCGAGUACUACCGCCGGUGCCGGGAGGGUCUUCACUUGAUCGCCUUGUGGAUCGCCCCGGCGGUGGGUAUGGGAAAUGUAGUAGGGUGUAUAUAGUUAGUUAGACGGUGCUUGCUUUGGUCCGUGGUUCGUCACUAGAGUCGUUUGUGUUCUUUCCGAGACACAGACUACUGUCCUAUGUGAACUUUGAAUUCUCGCAUAAUAAGAGAUGGCACGUUACUAAUGA